UACAUCGAGGGUAGGCGUGGGAACCUUGCUGGUGGGCGUGGCUACAGCUAUAGUGGCCGUGGUAACAACGAGGGUAGGCGUGGGAACCUCGCUGAUGGGCGUGGCUACAGCUAUAGUGGGCGUGGGCACCUGGUUAGUGGGCGUGGGUAUCUCGAGGGUAGGCGAGGGAAGCUCGACGAUGGGCGUGGCUACAUCUAUUAGUGGGCGUGGUUACAUCUCUAGUGGGCGUGGUUACAUCUAUAGUGGGCGUGGGGAAGUCGCUGCCCACCCGGCACCUGGGUUCGACUCCUGCUGCUGCUGCUGCUUCAGCCCGGCUCGCCAUGGCGCCUCUCGGCUACUGGGGGCCCCCCACAGCCACGCUGGACUGGUGCGAGGACAACUACGACUACUCGCCCUUCGUGGCCGAGUUCUGGAACACGCUGAGUAACCUGCCCAUGGUGGCUGCCCCUCUUCUCUCCGCGCCAUUCUGCGCUCGAGCCCACAUGGAGUGGAGGUACCUGGUGGCGCACGUUGGGAUCUCAGUGGUCGGGAUCGGCUCGUGGUUUUUCCACAUGACCCUUCUGUACGAGAUGCAGCUGCUGGAUGAGCUACCCAUGAUCUACACGUGCUGCGUCUUCGUGUACUGCCUGUUUCUCAGCUUUGAGAAGCCAAACUUCAUGAAUGUUCCAUUCAUCCUCACUCUGGUGGCGUUCAGCUGCCUCGUCACAGGGAUUUACCUCCUGUUGAAGGAUCCAGUGUUUCAUCAGGUGAUGUACGGGAUGCUCGUCUGCUUCCUCGUCGUCCGUGGAGUCUACAUCGCGUUCUGGGUCCUCCCGUGCCUGCAGCCCCUCAUGUUCUCCUCGCUCGCCUCCUUCCUCCUCGGCUUCAUCCUCUGGAACCUCGACAACAACUUCUGCCCCACGUGGAGGAGGGUGAGGGUCUCCAUGCUGCCCACGUCUCUGGGCGCCGUGUCGCAGCUCCACGCAUGGUGGCACCUCCUGUCGGGCCUCGGCUCGUACCUGCACAUCCUGUUCAGCCUCAGCGCACGUCUCUUGUAUCUGAAGAAACGACCCCGAGUCACGUGGCUGCUGGGGUUCUGGCCGGUGCUGUGCGUGGAUGGGAAGAUCGAUGCCUGAACUCCCCCCCCCCCAACCCGUGGAAUGGAGCGAUCCACGUGCCUGGGACAAGACUUUGCGUGGGAGAAACCAACUCGGUGCCUGGGGGGGGGGGGGGGGGGGGGGGGGGUAGGCAGCAGUGGGAAUAUAACGACACUAUUUUAUUUUCUAGCUAAAGCCCACUGAGAUAUGUGGCAUCUUUGUCAGAAGUGACCUGGCUAUCACAAACGAUAGCUCGAUGAAAUGGCUCAUCGCGUGGAAAUGUAUAUCAGCA